UUUUCCCUUCUCCAUCAUCAGACAGACAGACAGACCCACGCAAAAUCUGGCAGGAAUUUCUUGGUGCUUUGCGGUCAGUACUGCAGAGGGAAACAUUUGCUGCUUUUGACUUUUCCAGGGCUACCUCGAAGAGAGAAUGGCGUUCAGCAAAGGAUUUCGAAUCUUUCAGAAACUGGAUCCUGCACCAUUCAGUCUCAUAGUGGAAUCUAGAAAUAAGGAAGAGUGUCUCCUGUUUGAGUCUGGUGCUGUAGCAGUGCUCACAUUCGCAGAAAAAUUGGCAAUCAAAAGCAUGUAUUCCAAAGUAUUGGAUGCAUAUGGACUCAUAGGUGUAUUACAACUGAACCUUGGUGAUAUAAUGGUACAAUAUCUGGUUCUAGUCACGGGUUGCAUGUCUGUUGGAAAGAUUCAAGAAUCUGAAGUUUUUAGAGUUAUUUCUACUGAGUUUAUAUCCUUAAGAACUGAUUCUUCAGAUGAAGAUCGCAUUUCAGAAGUUCGUAAAAUUUUGAAUUCAGGAAACUUUUAUUUUGCAUGGUCUGCAACUGGAACCAGUUUAGAUUUGAGUCUUAAUGCCUGUCGUGGCAUUCAAAUCUGUACAACUGAUGAAAGAUUUUUCUGGAAUCAAUCACUACACUUACAUCUCAAGCACUAUGGUGUGAAUUGUGAUGACUGGUUAUUGCACCUUAUGUGUGGAGGAAUUGAAAUUAGAACAAUUUAUGCUGCUCACCGUCAGGCAAAAGCUUGCCUUAUUUCACGUCUAAGUUGUGAACGAGCUGGGACCAGGUUUAAUGUCCGGGGAACAAAUGAUGAUGGUCAUGUUGCUAAUUUUGUAGAAACAGAACAGAUUAUAUAUUUAGAUGAUGCAGUAUCUUCCUUCAUUCAAAUCCGUGGAUCUGUACCAUUGUUUUGGGAACAACCUGGCAUACAAGUUGGAUCUCAUCGUGUUAGAAUGUCAAGGGGAUUUGAAGCCAACGCACCUGCUUUUGACAGGCACUUUAGAACACUUAAAAAUUUAUAUGGCAAACAAAUCAUUGUAAAUUUACUUGGAACUAAGGAAGGUGAGGAUAUGCUAAGUAAAGCUUUCCAGAGCCACUUGAAAGCUUCUGAACAUGCUUUGGAUAUUGAAAUGGUCAAUUUUGACUAUCAUCAACUGGUUAAAGGAGGAAAAGUAGAGAAAUUACAUAGUGUGCUUAAGCCUCGAGUCCAAAAAUUCUUAGAGUCUGGUGUUUUCUGUUUCAAUGGAACUGAAGUUACCAGAUCUCAGGAUGGUACGAUUCGAACAAACUGCUUGGAUUGUCUAGAUAGGACAAAUAGUGUGCAAGCUUUCUUUGGCUUAGAGGUUCUACCCAAACAAUUAGAAGCCCUUGGCUUAGCUGAAAAGCCUCAGUUGAUGACUCGUUUCCUAGAAGUUUUCCGGUCAAUGUGGUCUAUGAAUGGUGACUCAAUCAGCAAAAUUUAUGCAGGCACUGGAGCUUUGGAAGGCAAAGCAAAGUUAAAAGAUGGUGCUCGUUCUGUAACCAGAACAAUUCAGAAUAACUUCUUUGACAGCUCCAAGCAAGAAGCCAUUGAUAUUUUGCUGUUGGGGAGUACUUUAAAUAGUGACUUGGCAGAUAAAGCCCGAGCACUUCUAACUACUGGAGGCUUAAGAGUAUCUGAACAGACAUUGCAGUCAGCUUCUCCAAAGAUACUAAAGAAUAUGUGUGAGAACUUCUAUAAAUAUACAGAGCCCAAGAAAAUUCGAGUGUGUAUUGGAACCUGGAAUGUGAAUGGUGGGAAACAGUUUCGAAGCAUUGCCUUUAAGAAUCAGACACUUACUGAUUGGCUACUAGAGACUCCAGUGUUAACUGGUAUCCAAGAACUUCAAGAUCGGAGAGAUAAGCCUACUGACAUAUUUGCAAUUGGGUUUGAAGAAAUGGUAGAAUUAAAUGCUGGAAAUAUUGUGAGUGCAAGUACAACUAAUCAGAAAUUAUGGGCUGUUGAACUGCAGAAGAUUCUCUCCAAAGAUAGAAAGUAUGUGCUGCUGGCUUCAGAGCAAUUGGUAGGCAUCUGUCUCUACGUAUUUAUCAGACCCCAACAUGCUCCUUUUAUCAGGGAUGUUGGAUUUGAUACCGUCAAGACUGGAAUGGGAGGUGCUACUGGAAAUAAAGGAGCAGUUGCAAUACGGAUGUUAUUCCACACCACUAGCCUUUGCUUUGUCUGUAGUCACUUUGCUGCAGGCCAAUCACAAGUCAAAGAAAGGAAUGAAGAUUUUGUAGAAAUUGCCAGAAGAUUGAGCUUUCCUAUGGGGAGGAUGUUGUUAUCACAUGACUAUGUAUUUUGGUGUGGUGAUUUUAAUUAUCGUAUUGAUCUACCAAAUGAAGAAGUUAGGGAAUUAAUAAAGCAGCAGAACUGGGAUUCACUUAUAGCAGGAGAUCAACUUAUCAAUCAGAAAAAUGCUGGACAGAUCUUUAGAGGAUUUUUAGAAGGAAAAAUAACUUUUGCUCCUACAUACAAGUAUGAUUUGUUUUCUGAUGACUAUGAUACCAGUGAGAAAUGUCGCACUCCAGCCUGGACAGAUCGCAUUCUUUGGAGAAGAAGGAAAUGGCCCUUUGAUAGAUCAGCUGAAGAUUUAGAUCUUCUGAAUGCUAGCUUUCAAGAUGACAGCAAAGUCCUUUACACUUGGAAUCCUGGCACUUUGCUGCAUUAUGGAAGAGCUGAGCUGAAGACUUCUGAUCACAGACCUGUUGUUGCACUGAUCGAUAUAGAUAUAUUUGAAGUGGAAGCCAAAACACGGCAGAUUAUUUAUAAGGAAGUCAUUGCCACUCAAGGGCCAACAGAUGGCACAGUAUUGGUCUCCAUCAAAAGGUCGUUACCAGAAAAUAAUUAUUUUGAUGAUAGCUUGAUUAAUGAGCUUCUCCAGGAGUUUGGAAAGCAUGGUGAAGUUAUCCUCAUACGGUUUGUAGAAGACCAGAUGUGGGUAACAUUUUUGGAAGGAAGCUCUGCCCUGAAAGUUCUGAACCUAAAUGGUAAAGAGUUUUUAGAUCGACUCAUAAGUAUUACCUUAAAAAACUCAAACUGGAUUGCUGAUUUGGAGAAAGAAAUAAAUUUGGAGAAAAUUAGUAUUACAGUGCCACCAUCAGCUAGUUCCACUUUGCUUGGUGAAGAUGCAGAAGUUGCUACAGAUUUUGUUAUGGAAGGUGAUGUUGAUGAUGACAGUGCAGAAGUAGAAGAAAUUCUUCCUCAGCAUCUACAGCCAAUUUCAAGCAGUAGUCUUGGAACUUCCCCAAGUUGUUCACCUCGGUCCAGUCCCUGCCAGUCCCCUACGAUAGCUGAUGUUCUGCCCCCUCCUCUUCCUGCCAGACCAACCCGCUCAAAAACUUCUAUACUUCCAGUUUCUCCUGUUUCUUCACAGAAUUCUCCUGUUGACACUCUACCAGGAAUAACAAUGAAAGAGACUAGCUUUGCUUUGGAGCCUAAACGUCCACCUCCUCCACGACCAAUAGCCCCACCUACACGUCCAGCUCCACCACAAAGACCACCCCCUCCUUCAGGGAAUAGGAGUCCUGCACCUUCUAGAAAGGAAUUUGGAGGUCUUGGAGGCCCUCCCAGCCCUUCGGUAUCUAAGAAAGAUAUAGAAGCACCAAAAAGCCCUGGAACAAUAAAAAAAGAUAGUUCAGGACAAAAUGAGUCCAUUCCCCAAGGAGGAUCAGUAAGCCCAGGAACUGUUGGAAGCAGUGUAGCCAAACCGGCUAUCCCACCUCGUGUUGGAAUUAUUAGUGCACCACAAAGCCUUUCCCGUGCUACUACUGGAAAGAUAACCACUGAAGCCCAAAAUAAAUCAUCUCAAUUACUAAAAGGUUCAUCUUUACUCCCUGAACCAUUAAAGCCUCAGACUGUUGCUACCGCCCCACCUUCCUUUUCUUCACCUGUUCAGAAGAUGCAGGAGCCUCUUGUUCCUAUGACCUCAUCCAUCCCUCAACCCACUUCUCAACAAAACCUUGAAGCCCCACCACAGCCACCACCUCGUAGCAGGUCAUCCCACAAUUUGCCCCCAGAAUCUUCUCCUUUGCAACAGCAAGUACUUCGGGAGAUGAAAAGAUUAGAUGUGACAAUGUCCCUGCCUUCGUGGAGUUUGCAGCCUAAUAUGGAUUUGUGACACAUACACAAAUAAGUAUAAUCCAGAAUAUACAAUAAAUGCAUGAGAUUUAGAAAACAAAGUAUGUGAGUUCUGAGAAGGAGCAUUUCCUUGCCAAUUAGAAGAAUCAGGGCAGGUUUCAUGGAAGAAGUAGUGUUUACUUUAAAAAAGUCAACAAUUUCAGCACUAACCUUAAAAUUGAUAUCCUUUUAAUGGAGAAAGAAAUAAUUUGGGUUUUAUUUUGUAUGUUUAACAUUUGCCCCAAAACAUCCUAAGAUAAUAAUUGUGCAUGUGAUUCAUGAGAUUUCACAAGUUAGUUCAAUAAAAUAAUUUGGA